GUACACACGGCCAAGACAAAGCGUUUAAAUUACACUGUUCUUCGAACUUCGCCUUAAAUGAAUCCGACCGGUGAUGUGUGAUUAUUUAUAUUCUGCCACUGGUUACGGUAUUAUAGCUCCUAUUGGUUUCAUUUCAAUAUGGCUCAUCGAUAUUUGAUUGGCCUUUCAGCCAGAGCCCCUCUCCAAAGAGUGCUAGGCCCCUGUAAAGGCUGCCUAGGAACAAGUCAGAACAGGUAUUCCCAGAAUCCAGGAUCCCCACUGUUACAGAACAGGUAUUCCCCACCACAGAAAGGCUUCACACCUGAUGUGAACCUAACCUGUUCCUCCCAUAAUCUCUCACUAACUGUUGAUGACUGGUUCAGAGAUGAGCGACCAAAACAUAUAUGUUUGAGUAGUUCUGGUAUAGGUAAGCCUGUGGACUAUGGAUUAUUUUAUCACCCUGUGUUAUCGUUCAAUCGUAAUUUUCAUACAACCUCACUUUUUCGGAAAGACGAAUCUACUGUUGAGAAAACUGUGAAAGCUUUACAAAGUAAGCCUACAGAGGCAGAGACUAAGGCAACACCUGCAAGUACAGCAGAGACUCAAGUGGUUGCUAAAAAGACACUAUGGCAGCGUUUUGUAGCAGAGCUGAAGCAUUACUAUCACGGGUUCCGACUGCUGUGGCUGGAUGUAAAGGUCUGUAGUAGGCUAGUGUGGGCACUGCUGAAGGGCAAACAGCUGACGAGGAGGGAAAACAAACAGCUAGUGAGGACAUCUGCUGACCUGUUUCGACUGGUACCUUUCAUGGUGUUCCUUGUAAUCCCAUUCAUGGAGUUCCUUCUGCCUGUGGCCCUGAAAUUAUUCCCCAGCAUGUUACCUAGCACUUUCAACCAAGAUUUACCUGGCAGCAAAAAGGAGCUGGAAAUGAGUAAGAAGAAACUGAAAGUCAAACUGGAGAUGGCUAAGUUCCUUCAGGACACCAUUGAGGAGAGCUCACUCCAGUCAAAGAAGGGCAAAAGGGAAAGCAAGAUGGUGGCAGAGUUCUCAGAAUUUUUACAGAAGGUACGUCAGGAAGGCUAUGUACCAGAGAAUGAGGAGAUCCUACAGUACAGUAAGCUGUUUGAGGAUGAGAUCACUCUAGAGAACAUGAACAGGGCACAACUUCAAGCACUUAAUCAUGUGUUAAACAUCCCAAACUCCUAUGCCCCCGACAACAUGCUACGAUUUCAACUGAGAAUGAAACUCCGACAACUACUUGCUGAUGAUAAGAUGAUAGAAAAGGAAGGACUUGACAGUCUUACCACCUGGGAGUUACAGUCAGCGGUGCGUGCCCGCGGGAUGCGUGCUUUGGGUGUGUCAGAGGAGAGGCUCAAGCUACAGCUACAGCAAUGGUUGGACCUACAUCUGACACAAAUGAUCCCCACAUCUCUUCUUCUUCUGUCACGGACCUUGUACCUCCCUGAAACUCUGUCCACCUCUGAACAGCUGAAGGCCACCAUUUCUGCCCUGCCAGAGUCGACGACCACAGAGGCUAAAAUCAAGGUGGCUGAGAUCCAUGGGGAGAAGGUGGACAACAAGGCUAAGCUGGAGUUGAUCAGACAUCAGGAGGAGGCCAUUCAGACGGAGCGUGAGGCAAAGGACAAGGAACUGGAGAAAACCAAGCAAGAUGAGAAGACAAAAGAAGAAGAAAAAGCAGUUCCUACCGAAAAGGAAGAAGUUGUGGAACCUGUGAUGGUCGACACAGCACCUAUAGUGGAGGCCAAGCCUACAGAAACAAUUGUGGAUACAGCACCCUCUGUGACCGAGAAAGAGGAGGAGAAGAUAACUCCCGAAGAGCUGGAGGACAUUGAGGCUGCUCUGGGGGAGAUUGCUCAUGAGAAGGAGAUCAAUAUUGAUGAGGAGAAGAUAAAGGACCUGAAGGAGGAUGUAGAGGAAUACCAAGAGGACUUGGAGGACUUGAAGGCUGUGAUACUAGACAAGGGACUAGAGGAGGAUCUUGUAGAGUCGAAGGGUGCUAAACGUCUCGCCAAACAGGUCAACAAACUGAUCGACACUAUGGACACCGAGAUCAAUAAGCUUCACUCCCAGAAGGAAGAAAUCCAGGAAGCCAUAGAAAUGGGUGAAGUCAAGAUUCGGCGUAGUGCUGAAUUCAAGGAGGAUGUGAAAAAGAGGGAUGCAUUCUUGGAGAAAAUGGCAGAAAAAACGAGGAACGUGAUCAGCAUCAACGACCUGCUCCUGGCUCUGAAGAGGCUCCAGAAGGUGCCUAAUGAGACGAGGCUCCAGAGGAUCGCAGAAGUCCUAGACGAGGACAAGGAUGGAAAUAUUGAUGUUGGACAUGUGCUCAAGGUGAUCGAACUGCUGGCCACAGAGAACGUUAAACUUAGUCCCACCCAGGUGACCGACCUCAUCGACCUGCUCAAGAAGGAAUCAAUCAUUGAGGAGGAAGAGAAAGCGAAGGAGAAACAGGAGAAGCAGAAAAAACAACAGGAUGAGGAAAUCAGUAAACAACAAGAAGUUAGCGGUUGAGCCUUGACUGGUAGGUUUGGAAGAGUACAGCCAACAAGAUGAAAGCAGUGAGCACAGCCAGUCAAGGCAAAGACUGAAGACAACUAAUCCUGAAGCAUGCAGUGAAGACAGCCAAUCAGAAAGCAGACUGUGUACAUAGCCAAUCAAAACAGAGUGUUUAUAGGCAAGCCACACAUAUCUGAGAAGGCAGGAAGCAAGCAUCACAGUAGACCUACAUAAACAGGGGACAGCCUUAAACGAGGACCAGUGUUACAUUGUAUUCAGGGAGUCGGGUUACAAUGAGUACUGUGCAGGGUAAUUGGUGAUAUAGCUGUUCAGUCCUGUAAAUAUUCCUCAUCGUCGGCUUGUUUACAUUUAGUAUGGUGUCUGAAUACAAAGUGAAAUAGCAGGGAUAUGAUAUUGAAAUAUAUUGUUAUAAAAAUACUAAUAUUUGUAUAACUGAUAUUUUUCAGAAUUUCCCGUAAUAAAUUAUUAUGACCAUCAUGAUAUUAAAUGGUUUCACUUUUAGAUUAAAUCUUUAAGAAAUAUAUUGACAAUGCAAAAAAAUAAUCAUUUAUGGCUUUUAUGAAUUAAGCAAAGAACUCCAAAUAUACACAAAAUUGCUUCAAACACAUUUCCACACUUGCAUGGUAAAAUUAUACCAUGCCAUACCAUACCUUUAAUUUAGAGGUAGAUUUAAUCUUAGUGCUUUUCACACACAGUCAACCAUUAAUUCAAGUACAGCACUAAAGCUUUAGUAUGUCAUCACAUGCAGCUUGUACAUGCUUGAACAGUACAGUUGAACAAUAACAAUUGGACUAUAGUAAAAGUCUGAAGACAAAAUUGUAACAUCUGAGAUCAGUUUACCAGGUUAUUGGAUGCCUGGUGUUUGACUUUCCCAACAGUUUUUAUACAGUAGGUAGAGAAAGGUAUUUAUAUGUGUGUCUGCUGUGUAACAACGCUUUGUCAUCUACAGGACGGCUAUAUAGUAAAUAGUGGUAUGUGUACCGCAGACUGGUCAUGUUGUAGCUCACUAAAUGUCACUUUAGUUUAAUCGUUAAUUAUCAUACAUAAUUCAUAUUAGUUGUCAGCAUUCCUCUACAUGCAGAUCCACUUCAGUCGAGAAAAACAAUACCAAAAAAGUCUUAUCAGAAUUUAACAUGUUUUUAAGAUAAAAUCGGUUUUACUGCUUCGCCAGUGUUGAUUAGAAAUACUGUAUUUUUUCACAGUUGCUUUCAUGUCGAAAGAGUAAGCCUACACACUAUUUACGUAUUAUGGUUUGUUUACAGGACAAAAGGGGACACAUUAUAAGUAUUUACCAAGAGAUCUCCCUUCGUCAGUUUGUUGGCACUGGUUUUUCUGCAUAUAGUUAUGAAACCGAAAUCUUUCACUCUGUAACGUUUCGGUAAGGAUUUUACUAGGCAGUUGUCUGUAAAAUAAUUUAACUUUUAAGAUUAACACAUGAUGUUUCUGUUUUCUACACUUUUUCUUAGUUUGUAUAUUGAUGUUAGAAGGAGCUUUGCUUUGCAAUAUAUUUAUGCCAUCUUGACAAAUGUUGGUAAAAUACAAGUUUGCUUGCUUUAAUUUACAUGUUAAGUGAAGAAAUUUUACUGCUGCCAAAGCCAUAUAUUUAAGCACUUUCUUCUCCUCUAUGUAGGAAAAUCAAGAUGUAUGUCUUCAGUAAAAGUAUCCAAAAUGUUUAGGAAGUUUACCUUGUGUAUUAGUGUAACAGCUGGUUUCUAACCACUGAUUGGGUAUGAUGUACAUUUCCACAGGAGAGUUAAUGUUAUAGAGUGACAUGUAUUAUCUAACAUUUUUCGGUGCAAUUACUGAAGAAAAUCAGCUGUUGACACUCUUAAUAACUAUAUACACCAAGUGAUAAGGCCAUACUUAAACAAUCUUUGUUUGCAAUUUCCUUACUCACAUCUUUUUUCAGUACGCAUAUAGUGAUGAAUCUUAUUGAAGAUAAAUAAGUGCACAUAUAGGUCUGGAUUUUUUUACAAUAUCUAGAAAUGCCAUUUUCUAUAUAAAACACUUUUUGUGAUUUUUCAGAAAAAAGAAACUUCCAUUAAAAGUUAAAGAAAUAUUGUUUUUAGUAGGUGCCAUCUUUAGUGAGUGUGUCAGGAAGCUGCAAACCAACCAUUUUUAAGGAUGGCCUAUGUAAGUUUGUGUUAAGAAUCUAGUUUACACAUAGAGGAUCUCUCAGUUAAAGAUUAAGGCUUGUACAAGGCCCACAUCAUGAGAUGCAUCAUUUGUUAUAUUAUCUAUAUGAAUUUGAAAAUAUUGGCUACUUUAUGAUGUAGCAAUGUAAGUCAUGUGUUUUUUGUCAAGAAGUAUUGAAAUACCUGUUUAUAAAAUCUUCCCUGCUACAGACAAUCAGGGAUUUGAUAUUAGCAUAACAAUGUACUCCAUAAACUAUCCAGUGAUCCAUAUCGGCAUUGCCUGCUGUUACACAGGUUAGCUAUCUACCAUAAGUAACCUUGAUCUUAUGCUGUACCCCCCUCGCAUGCACCUCCAAACCUGCAUUCCAUCAGGAACUUCAAACAGUUUCGAGGCAGGUUUUUUUUGAUGUUUCCAACUUAAUAAUAAUGCAUCCACACACUUUCUGUUUGGUGUAUCUGUUUAAGAUAUAAAUAUGAUAUGGUGGUACAUGUAGUUAAAUGUUAAAAAAUUUCUCUUAAAUUAUUCAUUUUUUUAGGACCUAACCUUUUUGCAUUAGAACUGACUUAAAAGAGUUUGUUGGGCAUUAGAUGCUUCUUAUGACAUACAUUAUCUAAAAAAAAAAAAAAAAAAAAAGUAUUUGUAGCUACGGAGCAUCGCAAUCAUUGAUUCCUCUUUUACAGUGCAUAAACAGAUAUUCUGAAAUGCUUCUUACUGUGUCAUUUAAGUGUAAGGAACUUUGAAACAAAUUUUGAUUAAAAUUACCUGCUUUGUUAAUUUUUACUGUGAAGAAUUAAAAUUGGCAAGGGAUUUGUUUUUCAUCAACUGUUAAGGAGCUUUGUUUGACAUCUUAUUUAUUGUGACAUGAUUUAAGCAGGGUUAUUGAUAUAUUGCUAAAUGUAUUUUUUUAUAGUUGGAACUAUACUUAUAAUAUAAAAAAUGUGAUUUCGUUUUGUCAUAGUGUACUUCGAUGGUACCUACUGAUAAUCUUGUUUACUGUGAAUAUGUUACUUUAUGUAAUUAUGGUGUAAAAACACAGACAACUUGGUUGAGAACAUCUGUAAAAAUUUGUUAAAGUAUCAAGUAGGUAACACUGGAUUGUAGUUCUUUCACAUAUGGAACAGGAUAGGAUACAGGCUGGUCUGUUGUUAUCAAUAAUACAGGUCAAAAUGAAAUCUAUGGCUAUGUGCUUAGGACUUACAUGUUGUUAUUAAUCUCUAAAGAUGUAUACUGGGACUUAACAACAUACCCCAGGCUCACUUUGAAGAAUGGACGGUAUGGAAUUCUCAAUGUCCAGAAGGUUCUAUAUUCAUGAUACAUGUAUAAAAAUAGUAUCUUACUGGUGUAAAUCCAGUCUUCCCUUCAUGUCCUGCACAUGCCUGUCCCAACCUGAAGCUGGUAAUGAUCAUACCUGUCCUGAAGUAUCCUACGUCCUAGAUACACCUGUUCAAUACUGAUCGUUCUCUCUUCGUCUUUGCCCAAGACACUCCUGUCCCAAGGCUAAUGUUGACCACUUUUCUUUUCUCUCUGUCCUAGAUACACCUGUUCUGAGGCCAAUAUUGCAUCCUAGACACAUUUGUUGGAAGGCCAGUGUUGAUCACUCCCCCUUUUUUCUUUGUCCUAGACAGUCCUGUCUUCAGUCUGUGUCCUAGACACCUCUGUCCUGUGGCCUGUGUUGUCCACUUUUUUUUUCUGUGUCCCAGACACCUCUGUCCUGAGGCCCGUGUCCCAGACACCUCUGUCCUGAGGCCCGUGUCCCAGACACCUCUGUCCUGAAGUCCGUUUCCCUGACACCUCUGUCCUGAGGCCCGUUUCCCAGACACCUCUGUCCUGAGGCCCGUUUCCCAGACACCUCUGUCCUGAGGCCCGUUUCCCAGACACCUCUGUCCUGAGGCCCGUUUCCCAGACACCUCUGUCCUGAGGCCCGUUUCCCAGACACCUCUGUCCUGAGGCCCGUUUCCCAGACACCUCUGUCCUGAGGCCCGUUUCCCAGACACCUCUGUCCUGAGGCCCGUUUCCCAGACACCUCUGUCCUGAGGCCCGUUUCCCAGACACCUCUGUCCUGAGGCCCGUUUCCCAGACACCUCUGUCCUGAGGCCCGUUUCCCAGACACCUCUGUCCUGAGGCCCGUUUCCCAGACACCUCUGUUCCCAAGGCCUUUAUUAACCACUGCCUUUUUCAAUUACCGUCUAAUAUCUGCACUGUUUUAAAGUACAUGUCAUGAAUUUUCUCUGUGAUACCCUAUCCUGGGUCCCAACAUUGUAGACAUAGUCAAUAUAUCUAGCUGUCCUCUGGAGAACUGAAUGGGGAACAUAUAUGUUUAUACUACAACCAAUCAAUGAACUUCAGGAAUACGAGUCUGUAGGCUGAAAUUUAUAUUGAAUAAUAAAGUGACAUUUUGUUUUAAAAGUGUACCAUCAUUUCUUUUGUUGUUGGAAUGAAUACUUGGUAUUGUAUGCAAGUUCUGGUAACCAUGGAUAUUAUAUGAAUAGAAGUAUGUAUUAUAUGUUUAUGUAUAUAUAAGUAAAAGGAUACAUUUUUAG